AAUUAAUUUAUGUUUUUAAUUUCAUCAUUAAAUAUCGAUGGGACAAAUUUAAUAAAAUACAAUAAGUAGUUGCUUAGUACACUUGCCUUCAUACACCAAAAUUCAAAAUGGCUGGUUUUAUUUGACUAUUUCCAAUUUCCAUAAGUGUUAGUCAAAUCCAACAUAAAUUUAAACACAAUUCAAUGAGUAAUGACUUCCUCUGCUUUCUCCAUUGAUCUUCUUCACCAUCCCAGGUUGAGUAGCGUUGUUGGAGCAAGACUGAAGCAGAAGUUCAAUUGUUAUUUUUGGAAGGGAAAUUUAUCAACAUUUCAGCUUCACACACAACUCCAUACAGUAAAAUCUUCACGUAUUUACUGUUCAAGUGCAGCUACCUCUGUGAUGGCGGAAGAGAAAAGGGCGUCAUCGUUUGAUGUCAAUGAAGCUGUUAUGCUUGUUAACAACCUAAGACGACAAUUUGAUUCCGGUAAGAGUAAGACUUAUGAAUGGAGAGUUGCUCAAUUGGAAGGUAUGUUGAGAAUGAUCGAUGAGCGCGAAAAGGAGAUCAUAGAAGCUAUAAAUAAGGAUCUUUCCAAGCCUGAAUUUGAAGCAUUCAUUGCCGAGAUUUCUAUGAUGAAAUCCUCAUGUAAGUUGGCACUUCAAGAGUUGAAGCAAUGGAUGAAACCCGAAAAGGUAAAAACUUCAGUAUCAACAUAUCCUUCAUCAGCAGAGAUCGUCCCAGAACCCUUGGGAGUUGUUCUUGUUAUCUCGACAUGGAAUUAUCCUUUUUUGCUAUCACUUGAUCCGGUUGUUGGUGCAAUAGCAGCUGGAAACGCAGUAGUCUUAAAACCUUCAGAAAUCGCUCCAGCCACAUCCUCUCUACUCGCAAAACUAUUACCCAAAUAUGUUGACAACACCUUGAUAAAAGUCAUUGAGGGUGCUGUUAAUGAAACGUCCGCACUAUUGGAGCAAAAGUGGGAUAAAAUAUUUUACACAGGUAGCGGAAGAGUUGGCCGAAUUGUCAUGGCUGCGGCUGCAAAGCAUCUUACACCCGUUAUACUAGAGCUUGGAGGGAAAUGCCCUGCUGUUGUUGAUUCAGAUGUCAAUUUACAAGUUGCUGCAAGGCGGAUCAUAGCAGGAAAAUGGUCUUGCAACAGCGGACAGACUUGCACUGCUGCAGAUUAUGUUAUUACUACUAAAGAUUUUGCUCCAAAGCUAAUUGGUGCCCUAAAGUCAGAGUUGGAAGUGUUUUUUGGCAAUGAUCCUAUGGAAUCGAAAGACAUGUCAAGAAUUGUCAACCUCUACCAUUUUGAACGGUUGAUGAAACUAUUGCAAGAAGAUGGUGUUUCGGAUAAGAUUGUCUUGGGUGGUCAAACCGAUGCAACACAAUUGAGAAUUGCUCCAACCAUCUUGCUAGACGCGCCAGAAGAAUCAUCAUUGAUGAAAGAAGAGAUAUUCGGACCCUUGCUACCGAUUGUUACUGUUGAGAAAAUGGAAGACGGGUUGCAAGUGAUAAAGUCCAAAUCAAAGCCGUUAGCAGCAUAUCUUUUCACCAACAAUGAGCAGCUGAAAAAUGUUUUUGUCAGUGAAAUUUCUGCAGGAGGAAUGCUAAUCAAUGAUACAAUUUUACAUCUUACUGUUUCUUCUUUACCAUUUGGAGGAGUUGGUGAGAGCGGGAUAGGCUCGUAUCAUGGAAAAUUCUCGUUCGAAGCUUUCAGCCAUAAGAAAGCGGUUAUGUACAGAAGUUUUGACGGAGAUUCGUCGAUUAGAUAUCCGCCAUACACGGCAAAGAAGCUGAAUACGUUGAAGACUUUGUUGAGUGGCAACUUUUUUCAAAUCAUUCUUUCUUUAAUGGGAUUCUCCAAAGAUUGAAGUAUGUAAAUAGAAAACACAAACAAUAAUUUUGAUAUGUAUAGAAUAUGUUGAGUUAUGGGAAAAAUACAUAAUUGAUAAUACCCUUUUAAGUUCAUGGAAGGAUGUAUUAUAUCACUAUCAAAGUUGGCUUUGGUGCAGCCUGACAUGCACACAUGUUUAGUCUAUUUUUUUGGCAUUUAUUAGCUAUAUGUCUGACCUUUUAUGCUCGUACAUAAUCAUUACAAUACCUAAUAUAUUCUGUUUAUAAAAA